UGCUCGCGAUGGAUGGGCAGGACCUGCUGGUUGUCGGAGUAGCCGUGGCGCUGCUGGUGGCACUGGUACAGCACGUGUCGCGCAACUGGCGGCUCUGGAGGAGCGUGGGCUGCCUUCCGGGUCCUCCGGCCCUGCCCAUCGUAGGGACCGCCUGGCUCUUCGUCGUCACUAAGCGCGAAGGUUUGCUGGCACUGGUACGGAAGGUAAUGAAGAGUCACGGGACAGUAUUCCGCAUGUGGUAUGGAAAUUUGCCGGAGGUCCACAUCAUAAACGCAGAGAAUAUUGAGAAAGUUCUCAGCAGCUGCGACCUCAUCACAAAAUCUGUGCACUACACAUUCCUGAGACCGUGGCUGGGAGAAGGUCUCCUAACCAGCGCUGGUAAUAAAUGGCAGAGGCGGAGGAAAAUGUUGACUCCUGCGUUUCACUUCAAAAUUCUUGAAAACUUUGUGGGUGUUUUCGCAGAAAAGUCGAAGGUGUUACUAGAAAAACUGAGAAAGAAAGCAGAGGGACCUGAAUUUGACAUCUACCCGUCCAUAGCGCUUUGUUCACUCGAUAUUAUUUGCGAGACUGCAAUGGGCACAUGCGUCAACGCCCAAGAGGAUGCUGGGUCCGAGUACGUUUCGGCAACCUGCUCAGUGACGGAGCUGACGAUGAAAAGAGUGUUGAAACCCUGGCUAUACCCCGACUUCAUAUUCCGCAUGACGCCAUCGGGUAGACAGUACUACAAGUGCCUCGACACGGUGCAUCAGUUUUCUAAGCAGGUAAUAACUGAGAGGAGGAAAGAGAGACAACGCAGCGCACUCAACGUACGUGCACUAAGCCAAGACAACACAGGUGUGAAGCAUCGCGUCGCUUUCUUGGAUUUAUUACUGGAUAUGUCCAUGAAUGGGGAAAAUCUUGACGACGCUGAUAUCCAGGAGGAAGUUGACACUUUCAUGUUCGAGGGUCACGACACAACCGCCGCUGCGAUGUCUUGGGCCGUCUUCUUGCUCGGACAUCAUCCAGAUGUUCAGCAAAAGGCUUUCGAAGAACUAAACGAAAUAUUUCAAGGGUCCGAUAGGCUUCCCACAUUUCAAGACUUACAGAACAUGAAGUACCUGGAGAUGGUCAUCAAGGAGACGCUCCGUCUGUACCCCAGCGUCCCUUUUAUCGGUCGUAUCAAUUCAAAGGAAUCAGAAAGUGGUGGCUACAAGCUGCCAGAGGGCGUGAUGCUGGUCCUGCAUGUCUACGAGAGUCACCGCGACCCCAAACACUGGCCGGAUCCGGAGCGCUUCGACCCGGACAACUUCCUGCCGGAGAGGGUGCAGGGCAGGCACCCCUUCGCCUACGUGCCCUUCAGCGGUGGACCCCGCAGCUGCAUAGGGCAAAAAUUUGCACUGCUGGAAGAGAAGACUGUCCUCUCUUCACUAUUGCGGAACUAUGUCAUUGAGUCUGUAGAGAGACGUGAAAAUAUGAAAGUCACUGCAGAGCUCAUCCUUCGGCCCAUGAAUGGAAUCAAGGUGAAGCUGAGGACCAGGUAGCUCUGGAAGCUGGUGCUUCCAUUAGUAUAAUGUUGCUGGUAUUUCUCUAAGAAAUAUUUUGAUAUAAAAUGAAUGAAAAAUAUUUUUUUAUGUGUUUUAAAAUUACUUGCCUGUUUACUUAUACAGCGGUAAUUUGUUUCAAUUUUGGAAAAUUGUUGAAAGACGUAGAGAAAUUUUGAGAAUCAUUUUUAUUUUGUAAUACCAAAAGAAAAUCUCAAGUUUUUACAAGUCAGUUUUGUGAUUAUUACUUAAUAAAUGCAGUGUUUAAAAUGUGUGAUAUUUGUUGGUCAUUGCCUAUAUAGAUAUAUUACUUUGUAGUUGGUAGUGCAUUGCUACCAGUUCAGAGGUGAUUGUAGAACAAGACUUAAUCACUAACAUUCAGUCAGCAUAGAAUUGAUUCUCAAUCUACCUGAUCAAAGACAGCAGCAGUUGUUGAUGUCAAAUUUUGUUUUAUUUCACACAGUAAAGUUCUCAAAAAUAAUUUAAGGUUAUAGUGCAACCCUCACAGACCCAAAUAAAUACAAUGAGUCAUAUGUAAAUACAAUAGUAAAUUGUUGUAUCUCACUAUGAUGGUCAAAUGUUAACAAUGAAAUACACCAGCACUAAAAAUUUUA